AAUGGCGCUCAAUCAGGAGAUCGAUCAGUUGUCGAACAGCAAUCUCGUCGUGAGGAUCGAUCAAAAUUCGGAAUCCGAUCUACAGGCUCUGUUCGACACGGUCUUGAAGCCGGACUCGAAACGUCCGCUUCAAGUGCCGUUGCGUAUGCGCAAUUUACCCGACUCGUUUUUCAACCCACCAUCGACCGGCAGUAGAAGCCCGUCGAUCUCGCAUUCGCGCGAAAAUUCAGCCGACUCGGCUUUCGGCGCCGGCGGCAGCGGAGGCGCUUCCGGCGCGGUAACGGGAAGCGCCGGAGGACGUAACGCGGAAUCGUCCGGCGGUGGCGGCGGCAGUGUAGCCGGCGGUGGUAACGUCUCCGUCGUGGGUGGUGGCGCCGGUGGCGGGGGCGGGGGUGGUGGGGCCGGUGGUAGCGUUGGCGUAGCGAAUGGUAGCGGAGGCGGUCCGGCCGGCGGAGGAAGCGCCGGCGGCGGUGUCGGAGGAGCUGGGGGAGUCGUCUCGGCCGCGGCCGCAGCGGCGAACGCGAACGUCAGCGGAGGCAACAGCGGACCUGCUGGCGGAACGGCGAACGGCGGUCCGCCGAACGGUGCGGCCGGCGCCUCUGCGGGCACGGCCGCGAGUGCGAGCGCCGGGAGCGGACCGGCCGGAAGCGCCGCUGCCGCUGGCGCGGCAGCAGCGGCAGCAGCAGCAGCAGCCGCGGCAGCGGCCGCCGCAGCGGCUGGUUUGACGGUCGCGCAUCCGCGCGCUCACAGCAGCCCUGCAUCCCUGCAGCAAACUUACGCGUCCGCGCAGCAGGCGCAGCAACACGCGCCGCAGCCGCACGCGCGUCACCACCAUCAUCAGAAGCAACGCAGUUACGACGUCAUCAGCACGGUCGACGACCUGGGACCCCUGCCACACGGAUGGGAACAGGCGCGUACUGCCGAGGGACAGAUCUAUUUCCUCAACCACUUGACGCGAACCACGACAUGGGAAGAUCCGCGAAAAACUGUCGCAGCUCAGAACGUGGCUCAAGUCGCCGCUCAGGUGGAGAGCGGAAAGUCUUCGGCUGCCGGCAAUACUUUAGGCCCUCUACCGGAUGGAUGGGAGCAAGCGCGAACACCGGAAGGAGAGAUUUACUUUAUAAAUCAUCAAACGCGUACCACUUCGUGGUUCGAUCCCAGAAUCCCGACUCAUCUUCAGCGAGCUCCGUCAUCCGGUGCCAUGCUGCCACAAAAUUGGCUUCAGCAACCUACGGCUGGUGGUAUACCUAACAAUCAAACAUUGCAAGCUUGUCAACAGAAAUUACGUCUUCAAUCGUUACAAAUGGAACGUGAGCGUCUGAAACAACGGCAACAGGAGAUCAUACGCCAGCAAGAACUGAUGCUCCGACAAACUAAUACGGAUGCUGCCAUGGAUCCAUUUUUAUCGGGAAUCAGCGAACAACACGCGCGUCAAGAGAGCGCGGAUAGCGGUUUGGGUCUUGGCUCUGCCUAUUCGUUACCACACACUCCGGAAGAUUUUCUAGCGAAUAUCGACGAUAACAUGGAUAGUACCAGUGAUGGCGGUGCUCCCAUGGAAACUCCUGAUCUCUCCACUCUGAGCGACAAUAUCGAUUCGACCGACGAUCUCGUACCGUCGCUACAGCUUAGCGAAGACUUCAGUAGCGACAUUCUCGAGGAUGUACAGUGUUUCAUAGGCCCUAAUACGAUAAAACCUGAGAACGUGCUGACAUGGCUCUAAGUAUGGACGGCCGCGGAAUUUGUUCGCAUAUACCGAAGAUAUUCGGCUCCUUCUAAUUACGACGGACGGACGGUAUUAGAAUUUUUCUUCCAGCAACAGCCGUCCGUUCGUCGGAAUUCGAGCGGAGCAAGAAUCCAGUAUGAACUCGUGCCGCGCGUUAAACCACCUUGUCCGUUCUAGGACCGUGUCGAGACUUUAUUGUUGUCGAUUCGCACGGAAAAAUACCGCGAGAUUUUUUCGCUCGCAAGGAAGAUAUGUUACCGAGCAGCGAGAGAAUCUCACGGUUCUCGUAACCUCGCCACGGUCGUAAGACGAACAGGAAAUCAACAUGGAAAUACGUGAGAGCGCAAAGACUCGGAGCGCCUAGCAACGAAAACGUGACGAUAGGACCAACGACAAGACUCCAAACGCGACACCAACGAAAAUACUCGUCGCGAGAAGGCUACUCUUCUUCUUCGACGACACGGCCAGUGGCGCCAAAGCGCGUUUUACAUCUCUUUAUACUACUAUACUUGCGUAACACUCGAAGAGUCGUGCCUUCCCACUCGUUUUUUCUAAAUCGAUCACACCCAUUGAAACAACGAAGAAACUAAUAUUUUAUAUGGAUGCGUCUUACUCGCCAUCGAUAACGCACAAUUUAUAUUUUGCGACCGAACCAUUGUUACUCAAGUUUUCAAUGUUAUUCCAAUGUUAUGCGCGAGAACGAAGGCACACCUUUCCGACGCGUUCACAGUCUAUACGUAAGAAUGGCAAAGAUCUUUGGACUAUAUUUGUACAACGAAAAGAAGCAUCUACCGAAUUCGAAACUGAACACGAAGUAUUUUUUGUUUUUGCUAAAUACGAACGGUAUAGUCUACGUUUCCCGAGCAAGAUACGAUGAAAGAAAAGUUAUAUCGUAACGGAUUCGUUCGAAUCGUAGUCCAAAGUAGAUAUAUAUAUAUAUAUGUAUAUAUAUAUAUUUAUAUAUAUAUAUAUACACACAUAUACAUAUAUUAUGAUUCAAUUUCGAUCAUACUCGGAGUAUAUUUUACGAGCGAUUAUAUGCUAACCGAAGUGCCUUAUCUCUGCAAUCUAUUUUCGUCGACGAUCCUCGGUCGUCGUUUUUCAAAGCAAUAACCGUCCAUACGAAACUUUGAUGUGAACAUGUGGUAAUUGUUAAAAUAAGUAACAUGUUUUAAACCCUUGAAACGUUUCAGUGAAAGGGACACGAAAUGAAUAUAUAUUUUUUUAUAUAUAUAAAGUCUAUACUUGUUACGAAUUGCAGUUAUAUUGGUAUUUUCAAAAAUCAUGUUAGAUCGUAUAAAAAGUUCUCUUACGUUUUAUACUACACACGAUUAUAUAAUGGAGAUUACAAAAGAAGAAAAUAUAAUCAUAUUUAUAGAUUCUAUGAAAUAUCUUAGCCAUAAGAAUUUUUGCGCGUAAACCCGUUCUGGGUCUGGUGAAGUAGCCGGUGAAGGAGGGCCGUUGAAGUGUACUUUCUGUUUUCUCAGAAACAACGUAGCAGAGUUAUUACCGAUAAUCAAAGUGACUUGGUAAAGAAGAUAACACGCGUAUAGAUAUAUAAUUAGUUACGUGGCAGCUUAGCGUAUACAACUAAAACGAUGAAUGACGUGGCCACUUGGCGUCGCUAACGUAUCAUCAUUUUUCUGUUUUUCGAUCGUUGACGCGGAUGACUCUUCUUACGAACUCCUAUCCGUGAGAAAACUUGAUUUGAAAAUGCGUCAUCGUGGCCGCGUUGAUUCACCGAAAAUAGAUCGUCGUGUACUAGAUAUAAAUUACGUAUAUAUUGUAAAGUUUUUGUUUUCUCGCGAAGGCGACAAGCUCUCCCAUCUUUUCUCAUCAUUAAGGAAAAUUUUCGGAGAUGCAUUCGUUAUAUUCAUUUCGUUAUUCGCGAAACUCUGAGAUUUGACAUGUUUUGUUUAAUAUCAGCCGUGCGAAUAUCGAUUAUAUGACUCAUUCAUAUGAAAAAAAAAGAAGAAAAAGUAUAAAAUGAUUAUUAUAGUAUUCUCGUUUAUAUAUUCGUCACUCUUUUAUGUUAUCGGAUAAAAAUUUCUUCAAGAACGAAGUUGCACGGUAGUUUAUAAGCAUGUCAAAAGCUGUAAUACACGGCGAACGUAUUUCUUUCCUAUUUUCUUCUUUUAAUUUUUUUUUUUCUUCAUUUUACCGAGACCACUUAAUCUAAAGAGAAUAUAGACGAACGAUCAUGUCACGAUUCGUAUUCGUACCUCAUACUCUUGCCUAUUGAAAAUUAUUUUUUUUAUAUCGAUUGACAAAUUUCUAAACGAAUAUAUAUUACACAUAUAAGUAUAUACACAAAAUGCGUUUAUAUAUAUACACACAGACACACACGUUUAUAUAUCUACACCCAUACACAUAUAUCUAUACCGCGCGAGUGCGUGAUUUCCGUUUGAUUUGUUCAAAAAAGAAUUUUCGUAGAUAAAAGGGCUGAGGUACAAAUGUCGAGUCGAUAAAUGCGUUUACUAUAUAAGAAUGAACGUUAAUGAUUUUUCGAAAUCGUAUAGGUAAUCACGGGAUAAUGGCCGAUCGUCGUCAUCUCAUCGACCGUUAUCGCGAAAAAAGUUUAUUAUAGGUAUUUCUGUACACACUAUCGAUAAUUCUUUUUUUUUUCUUUUCGUUGUAAGUCGAAUAUGCAAUAACUUCCAGGUAAGUCGAAAUAAGUUCGUUGAGCUCGAAGGCGAUCAAACGGCGAUCCGCGAGCGACCAGAAAGAGAAAAAGUGUUCUCGAUCGAUCGGUCCGGUUUAUUAUUACUAUCUUUCGAACCAGCAUGGACUUAUGGAUUGUCCGUCGAACAUGUUAAUAUGUCGUAACACAUCCAUAGAGAACGUACACAAGUUUCACUUUUUUCCGUUCGCACACGGGUCGACGUUCGUUCGAGCCAGGUUUUAUAAUGUAUUAUUUUAAAUAUGAAUUAACGAUAAUCUUACUUUUACGAUAGUGUAUCUUGCUUUUAAUCUAAACUGAACUUACUUUACGUUAGAGAGGAGCAUCGCGAAGGAAAUACCAUAAGUGCGGACGACGUUCGCGAAGUUAAAAAGUGUUCGAUACAAAAUUGUGCAAGGUGACAAGGUGCAUUCGAGGAACUCCCCCUUUUCUUAGAUGGUGAAUGCGCAUCCAUAAUGUACGUAUAUAUAUGUAUAUAUGUAUAUAUAUAUGUUCGCUUUCGUGCAUAUAUUUCUAUAUAUACAUAUAUAUACAUACAUACAUACAUACGUAUAUCUAAGAUUAUCUUUACGAGAAGCAAUUAGUUGUUUAAUAUCAGUAUUUAAAUAUGCUCAUUGGCGGUCAUUUGUGACGUACGUUUUUAUAUUGGUAACAAGUGCCUUAGUAAUAACGAUAAUAAUAAAUACGUUGUUUACUUACAUACAAA